AUGUUAACAUUCAACACAAAUAAAGCUGGAAUGUCCGGCAUAAAUAAGGAAAAAAUAACAAAAGUCAUCGAAGAAAACACGUCUGAAAAAUAUUCGAAUUUCUCCAAAAAACAAGAUGAAAGGAUUGAGGAACGAGUGAAGGAAAUCAAUCAAAUUCUGGAGAAAACAAGCGAAAUGGAAAAACGAAUUGCAGAAGAACAAAUGGAGAAAAUGCAAGAAAGUUUAGAAUAUCGCAGAGAUUUAUCGAGAAGCUGUGUUUGUAUUGAUAUGGAUGCUUUUUUUGCAGGUUUGGGUUUUGGAGAAGGAUUUUGAAAUGUCGAAUGACGAAGCGAGUCCUAACCAAAUCGAUUUUGUUUUAAAUGCCACGUCAUAGAAUCAAAAUUUCCUCAUUUUUCAGCUGUUGAAAUGCGAGAUGAUCCAAAUUUGCGAAAUGUUCCAAUGGCUGUCGGAUCUUCCUCAAUGUUAAGCACUUCAAAUUAUAUUGCACGUCGUUUUGGUGUUCGAGCAGCGAUGCCCGGAUUCAUUGCCAGAAAAUUAUGUCCAAAUCUCAAAAUUGUUCCUGUAAAUUAUGAGAAAUAUUCGAAAAUAAGUCAUAAAAUCGCGGAUAUUUUCGCUGAAUAUGAUUGCGAAAUGUCAAUGAUGUCUUUAGAUGAAGUUUAUAUUGAUCUAACCGAUUAUUUGGGAUCGAGGAAUUUGGAGACUGCUGAAAAAUCGAUUUUUACUCGGAUUCGUUUUGGUGGAGAAUGCAAUUGUCGAUUGCCAAGAUUUGAUGAGAAGGAGACAAUUGAAUUUGAAAUUGAAAUAAUUGAGGAAUCAUGUUUGAAGUGCGAAAAAAUACGGAAAAUUUAUAAAGAUAAAAUUGAAUUUGGAAAUGAUAGAGAAGAAGUGAGUUCAAUUAGGAAAUGUGAACUAUUUUUAUUCAUUUUAAUUACAGGUUGUUCGUGAAAUUCGAUUUCGCGUGGAACAAUUAACCGGUCUAACAUGCAGUGCUGGAAUCGCUGCAAAUUUCAUGUUAGCUAAAAUCUGCUCUGAUUUCAAUAAACCGAAUGGGCAAUUUGUAUUAGAAAACAAUCGAGAGACGAUUUUCAAAUUUCUGAAUGAUUUACCAAUUCGAAAAGUGACUGGAAUUGGUCGAGUAUCAGAAUCACAUUUAAAAGCAUGUCAAAUUCUAACAGUUGGAGAUAUGUUGAAGAAAAAAGGGAUUUUGCCAUUGGUUUUUUCGCCGCUAUCACAAGAAUCAUUUCUUCGAAUUGCACUUGGAUUACCACAUCGACCUUCGAAUUCGGAUUCCAAGAGGAAAAGUGUUUCGGUUGAAAGGUAAUUUUUAGAAAGAAAAUUUGGAAACGUAAACUAUGACGUGGCAUUUUGAAAAUGAUCAUUUUAAUUUUUCAAAAAUUGCAAAAGGAGAGUCGAUCAUCGUCACGAAGAAUUGAGAUAUCAUAUAUUUACUUCUUCUUAUUUAUUAUAUUUGAAACGUAUACAAUAAUAUAAUUAUAUAAAUCUUUUUGCUCAAUUUUCGAUCGAAUUCUCGAACUCUCCCGACUGACUGACAAUCCAAUUCUCUUUUAUAUACACGAAGUUUUUCGUGCGACCGACAUUUUUCUGGCUGCUUUUAUUUGAUUUGCGAAUUAUAUUAUAUACUUAUGUUCUGGUCUUUCUUUUCUUGUAUUUGUUUUAGACGCUUUUGUAUCUCUUGCGAAAAAAACUUUGUUGGAAAAACUAUGAAAAUUGAGAAUUUAGCAAUAAAAACCUCCUCAAAAAAUCUGGAAAAAUCGUGAUUUUCAGUAAAAAAAACUUUAAAUGAAUUUCAACUUGCCACGUGGUAAAAACACCCAAAAGUUCACGUUCAAAACAUUUUGUCAGGGGCUACGUGUCUGAAAGUUUUGAAAUCUGGCUGAAAAUCUAGAAAAAUUAUUUUUUUUAUUUGAAAAAUAGGUCAAUUUCUGACCCAAUUUUCAGCUUUUCAAAAAAUUUAAAAAAUUUCAGAAAUAUUGAAAUUUUUUGAUAAAUUCGGAAAUCUAAUUUUAUAAUCUUCAAAUUUUUCAGAACAUUUCAAUCAACCUCGGAUUUUUUGCGAAUCUCACAAAUCAAUUUGGAAAUUUGUGAAAUGUUGGAAAAUGAUAUUCGAAAAAUCGGAAUUAUUGGUAAUUUUUUUCCCCAUUCAUAUAAUUUUCAAAAAUUUCAUCAAAGUUUUCAGGUGGAAAAACAUUGACUUUGAAAUUGAAAUUGGCAACAUUUGAUGUUUUGACAAGAUCGAUUACUGUAGAAUCUAGCAGAAUUAUUUCGAGUUUUCAAGAAAUUGUGAAAUAUUCAUCAGAACUUCUUGAAAAAGAGAGAUCGAAAGAAAUUCGACUUCUUGGAGUUAGAUUGUCGAAUUUGGUUUUUGAGGAGGAAAAUGAAGACGAUGGAUCGAAAAAAGUUAAAAAGGUAUCAAGAAAUUUUUAAAAAUAUUUCAGAAAUUUUUAAAAAUAUUUCAGAUAACCGAAUUUUGGUCGGAAGCUGAUUUAAAACGCCGAAAACUCGAUGAAAAUAUUCAAGAGAUCAUAUAUUGUCCAGUGUGUUCAGCUGAAAUCGAGAAAAUUGAGGCAAAAAUCAAUGAGCAUAUCGAUUUUUGUCUAAAAAAUUCGGAAGAAUCACCAGAAUUGGUUUGUGUUCCGAUCGUUUCAACGAAGAAAAAAACGAAGAAACGAAAAAUUGGGAAAACUCUUGAUUCAUAUUUUUGUAAAUAAGUAAGUUUGUGAAUAAAAUUUUAAAUUUUAAAGAACUGUGAGCCAAGUAUAAAGCUGAAAAAAAUUCUCCAAUUUUGCUCAAAAAUUAAUGUUCCAUUUGGAACUCUCAUAGAUAAAAAAUAUUUCUUUUACCACGUGGCACUUUAAAUUCUGAAUUUGAAAAAAAACACGUGCCAAAGUUUGUAAUUUUGAAUUACGAACAUUUUUGAUCCUGAAAUAGUUUUUUAAGGAAAAUAUGGUGCCAAAAAUAGUUUUAGCUUCAGCAUAGAAUAGAUAUAUUUUUUUGGAAAUUUAGAGCUCCAAACUCGAUUCACCGGUCUCAAAUUUUUAUUUGGACAAUUCAAUUUCUCAAAUAAAGUUCCCUUUGAAUUCAUAUGUAUUUUUCAACAAUUGUUCGAAUUUUGUCUACCUAUUCUUAUUCAUUUUUCGAUAACAUCAAUUAUUCCCUUUUUCGAGAAAUGCGCCGAAAUUGUGAGGACGAAAAAUAAGAAGAAGAAGAAAAAAAGAUAUAAUCUCUUAAAAAGAAGCACAUUUUUAAUUGUGUCAAAUCGUCCUCUUAUUUUCCUUUUUGCGUUGAUUGAGGUACCCGAUUUUGCCGCAUUUUCGGAGUGUUGAAAAAUAAAAGAAGACGAACGAUUAAUUAAACAUUUGCGACGGAUCGAAAUUGAUCCGAAUCUUUAUCGAGAAAACUUCUAUUUUCGGUAGAUAAAAACAGAGUGCUAAAUGAAAUAUGGAAAGAUUUUGAAAGUACCUUCUAAUGGGAAUAAAAUUUGAGAAGUUUUGAAAAAUCUAUUAUUAUUUUGAAAAACAAUCCCGAGUUCUCACUAAAUCCAAAGAUGGCCUAGGAAUUAAAAUAUUUGUUAACGUUCGAAAAACAAUUUAGUUUAUCAACCUCAGUUUCCAAAAUAAAAUGAAUCCAAAAUAAAAUAUUUUUGUUGCCCAGGAACUGAAAACACUCCUGAUGGCCUAGAAAUCCCAGAAAACUUUCUGGCAGCCUAGAAAUUUCAAAACCAAUCUAAUUAAUCCCUCGUCACCUCAGUUUAUAAACAAAUAUGUACUCUUUUUCUGUGCCUCGGUCAUUUCCGGAUUGAUUCGAAUAUAUUAAAAAUUGGGGGAAGGGUGUCUAAAAUUGCGCAAUCAUGUUUCCAUAUUUUUUUGCCAAUUCAAUCCUAAUCAAUCAUUUUUUCUUGAAACAUGAUUACGUAACCUCUAAAUAUUUAGAUAUUGAUUCUGAAAAAUAAAAUAAUAAAUUUUAAAAGUUUUGAUAAGUUGCGCAAUUUGAGAUGCGCGAAAAAAUUGUGACAAGAUCGUGUCAGAUGAUUUGAUUUACAUGAGGUCAUAUCAUAAUAAUUUAUAACUUUUACCUUAUUUUUUUCAAAUACCGUACUCAAAAAUAGAUUUUUUUUUCCAAAUAUCUACCACCCACUCCACUUGUUUUUUUAAUUACCUUUGUUUCAAACUACCGUAUACCUAUUGAUUUUAGCGCAUUUCAUACUAAUUACGUGAGAGUAGAGAGUGUUGGAAAUUGAGAGACGCAGAUAUGUGACAGAUUAUUAUCUUUUUUGUUUUGAGAUUCUAAUCGGUUCAUUUGAAGUUUUUUUUUUGCAGUUGAAGACAAUUUUGUUGCAUUUUUCUUACUUUAUAUGGUUUUGAAACAGUAAAAACUUUUUUACGGUAAUAUUUUUGCGAUGAGACUCUGUGUCCCUUUAAAACAAGUCUGUAUUUGUGUUUUGAAUUCCCAUUUCAUUUUCUUGCCUUCAAAAUCAAACCCUCGUGUUUUCUAAUUUUCUAAUCUCAAAUUCCGAAUUCUUAUUCUCGGAUGCGGUCAUUCUUUCUUUCCGGAUGUCAAAAAGUAAUUUAAAAUUAAAAUUGAGUAAAAAUAAAUUGUCGGCAAGGUGUCUUCUUCUUUCCCCCUUUUUUCUUCUAAUAGGAUAUCAUGUAAGUAACUAAAAGUGCUCUUUUCACAUUUAAUUGCAUUUUUAUCUACAUUAUUUGACUCGAAAUUUAGAAAUUGCAUUUUAAUGAAAAAACAUUUUGAAACAAGAUUAUCAUUUUCCAAGAAAAAAUCACGUGUCACGCUUGUAUAGUCUUUCAAAAAAGUUUAGAUACUUCGGGUUACAUAUUUAAUCUUAGGCUUAGGCUUAAGCGUAGGCUCGGGUUUACUUGUUAGGCUUAUUGUUUUCAAAGCCUAUGCCUAGGUCUAGAAGUCUAAGCCAUCAAAGUUUCCAUCUAAGAAGUGUAUUUCGAAUUUUCGAGUUCCUGACUUUUAAAGUCCUUAACAUAAGGUCUUUCAGGCUUAUGCUGUGUUUUCUUGAAGCCUAAGCUAAAAUUUUAAAAUUUCAGAUUGUUGAAACUCUCUGGAAACAACUAUUUCACGAGAUGUUCUUCAAACUUUCAUAGUCACGACUGAAAGCUCUAAAAAGUUGCCCAAUCUUCCAUAACCAUAUCACCACUUCACGCUAUUUACAAUCAGAUCCUCCACGUUUUUUUCCAAAAUUCCAAGUAGUCCAUCAUAUCAACACCCAUAUAAUUAGCGCAAAAGGGCGGAGAGACGAAAAUAAUCUGAUUGGAUUGACGAAAAAAGGGGGCGGGUCACUCACUUCUUUUUUUUUUGAGUAUCCUUUACUUUUUUUUGCUAUUCUUAAUCUAUAUCUUCCUCAAUAAUAUCAGAUGAAAAUGGCUUUGAAAUUCGGAAUCGAUCAAAUCCUAUCACCGCAUUUUGGUAUGCAAAUUGGUUUAUCACUUUCAUCGCCAUCUCCAUCAUUUUCAACAUCUUCAAGUCCAUCGAGUCUCUCACCAACAACAUCUGCACAAAUUGCGGAUAAUCGAGCGAUAUUUCCAGCUUGGGUGUUUUGUACGAGAUAUUCGGAUCGACCUUCGGCUGGACCAAGACAUCGAAAAUCGCGGAAAAGGGAAUCGACUGGGAGUUCUGGAAGUUCGGAAGAGGAAAAGAGACCGAGAACUGCAUUUACUUCGGAACAAUUGGAACGAUUGAAACAACAAUUUCAUGAUAACAGGUUUGUGGUUUUUGAAUUACGAAGGGGUGAUAACGGAUUUCGAAAAAUAAGAAAUAUUGAUUUAUAGAAAUUGACGUGUAGAGAUUCAGACAGGUGCUACUACUUGAGGAUUAGGCCCUAUAGGCGCGAAUCCUUGACAAUUGAACUUUCUAAGCGCGACUACUUGAAGCUCUCAAGAUUCUGAAAAUUUUAGAUUUAAUUUUCUAAAUCUGGAAAUCACGACUUAGCCGAAAUAUGAUUUUGAAACAUUUUUUUCAAGUUUUCAAUUUUAAAACAAGGAAUAUUUGAAAUUGAGGAAUUCAAGAAAAAAUUCAGUCGGGCUAAUUUUCCAAGACUCAUUUCACAGCACCGUGAUCAGCGCGUUGAGUUCUACAAGACACAAUAUCCCCACAUUAUUUUACUAGAGCCCCAAUCUUACAGAAUCAAUAUGUUUUCUCAGCUCAAGUUUCCAACCCCAUCUUUUUUUCCAGAUAUCUAACCGAAAAACGACGACAAGAAUUGGCUCAUGAAUUGGGACUCAACGAAUCGCAAAUCAAAAUUUGGUUCCAGGUAACUUCUAUUUGACCUUGUUUACCAUAAAUACCAUAAGACAAAUUACAUAUUUAUCACAUUGCCAAAAAGGCGGUGCUGAUCCUAAUCCAAAAAAAUACAUAAUGUUUCUUUCCCGACAAUAAGAAUAAUAUUUAUAAUUAUGGGGGUGUCAUGAUUUUUAUCGCACUCUUGUAGUUAUGUAUGUUAGGUUGGACAUGGAUAUUUAUGAUGUGUAAGAAGAGAUAUGAUUGUAAAAGGUCAUUUUUGACUGACUGACUGACAUAAUCCGGGGUGAAAUUUGAGGAUGUUUGGGAUUUUGGAAAGAGUUCUAGGAAUUUAGUGCUUUUGAGUUGGAAAUCUUGAUUCUGAAAUUACACAGCUCAGAUCCUCCCUUUUUCAAAACCUUCAGGUGACCUUUUGAAGCUUUGAGAUUUCAAAAAUUCUGAAAAAUCUGGUGCUUUUUUCUAGUCUACAAAAUUUUCAAUUCAAAAAUGCUCUGUUUCAAAGUUCCACCAACGCUAUUCAAAACCUGUCAGCAAUAAAUUUCGAACACAUUUGAUUCAAAAUCUACAGUAUUCUUUCUCUGUUCCUUUUUUUUGUCGGCGCGCGAAUUUAAACAAACAAUGUCGAAUGUUUCAUCGCAAUUGUCAAAUUCGAAAAGAAAAAGAGAUUGAUUAUGACCAUGCGAUGAGAAACGAACUCUUUCAACCUUGGAACACAACAUUAAAUCGAAUAUUUCAGAGAAAAAAAAGAAGAAGAACGGUUUAAAGAUUUGAAUGUGUGAUAAAGUCAAAAUGAAUUAGUUUAGACGGGUUUGAUAUUCAGGUUAAAUGAAAAAAUUGAUUUUAAAAUUCUAAAUGUCGUGAGCUAUGACGUGGCAAGUCAUAAAAAAUAAAUUGAAAUUAAAAAUUAUUUUUAUAAAAGUUAUGACGUGGCAAUUUGAAUCCACAUUGUUCAAAAAAAAUCCCAAAACUCUUCUAAUAUCCCCCUGUACACCCAAAUUAAGCGAAGAAAUAAAAAAAAGCGUGACCUAUGACGUGGCAAUUUAGAAAUUAAAAAAAAAUCUUCGAGCUUUUUUUCAAAUCUUGAGGUGGAUUUUUGGCCCUUAAAUCCCCCGGAAGAACUUGAGUUUUUUGAGCUAGAAAAUUUUGAUCUACCAAAUAAUUCGGAAUUUUUUCUAACAAUAAAUAUAAGUUAUGGAGUCUUUAGUUUUUUCAAAUUCCAUUUUUUUCAGAACAAACGUGCAAAACUGAAAAAAUCAAAUCCACUUUCAACUUCUCAAUCUUCUACUUCCUCAUCUUCUUCUUCUUCAACAAAUCCGUCAUCAAUAAAUUUCCAAAUGUUGGCUCAAUUAUCCCAAAUUCGUCAAUAA